GUUCCUUUUUAAUGUGUUUGUGGCGAGUUAUUUCCUGUAUGUGUUUCCUCCUCUACAACAUUUAAGAGCAGUACAUCCUUGCAGACUCAAAGCACUAUCUGUCGUCCAUCGGUCAUCAUGAAUCUAAUAACCGCAUUUCUGCUAAUUAUCCUAACAGGACAUAGCACAUCUGAAUAUCUGCAGACACUCAUCUGCCCCUAUGAGAACAAGAGUAUAUCUCUGAACAAACAAAGGGUGUGGUGCAAAAGAGAUGCCCAGGAUGAAAACUGCUGUACAGGCUUCGCUUUCCAGCCAGGCGUCACCGUUUUGGAGCAAGGCAACAUAGAUGUGAAGGAUGAUGGAAAGUCCUUCACCAUCUCAGUAAAGACUCUCACGCAAGGAGAUGGAGUUUAUUGGUGUGGGCUCAUGACUGAUAAUAAGAACAUCGUUAAACUGGCUGAGAAUUACUUUACCAAUGCACCAUUUAACUUUGCUUGGUCCAUCAUUCGCUGGAUUUUAUUUAUUUUGCUUCCAGCGACGAUCAUUGCAACUCACAUUUAUUCAAACAGAAAGCGUGGCGAUAGAAAGACAACAUAAUAUAUCAGACUACAUGAUGUCAUAUGCCAAAGAAAAGUGGCAGAAGAAUGAGGCCUUCACCUUUACUGAAGAAUAAACGAAAUAUUGUUUGUCUUAAGUCACCAUCAGGGGAAUAAUGUAGUUUUUGUUGUUGUAAUUCCUUAUAAUUGUUUUUUUUUUGUUUAUACAAAAAUGUCCACAGUAAAAACAGCAGCAUGACAAUAUUAUGUUUCAUUUGUUAUGUAAAUCAACAUACAAUUUGGUGUUUAUAAUUUACCUUAUUGUUAUUGCAUGUCAUUCAUGUGAAAUGUUUAUCUUAUACACAUUAUAUAUAUAUAUAU